AUGAACAGACUAUUCUGACGUUAUAACUUAGUUAUAUACUUUGUACGUGAAAACAAGACGUGGCAUUAAAAAAACCAGAAAGAAGAAAUGGGCCUUAACGUUUACAGUUUUUCUCUGCUAGUCGUCGCUUUUUCGGUAUAUGUGGAGUCAAGCGCGGUUCAAACUGUUUGUCCACCGGGGCAGAUUUGGAAAAAAUGCGGAGGGCGAUGCGCGCGCACCUGUGUCCAGCAAGACCCCUAUUGUACCAGCCACUGUGACACUGACAUAUGUGUCUCUAGGUGCGUCUGUCCUCCAGAGACACCUGUGUUACAAGGCGACAAAUGCAUAAGACAAUCAGAUUGUCCAGAUAUUCGAUGCCCACGGCCAUGUUCCUCAGAGCUUUGUGAUCCACUAGUCAUCAAACAGAAUACACCCUGCGACAGCAACAGUGACUGUUCCGACGGAAAGGAAAAAUGCUGUCCAGCUUCAUUGGGUUGUUCAACGAAAGUCUGUCAAAGGGCUCUUAGAUGUCCGGACACGAAAGCGUUUAAAGGUAGCGCAUGCGCCGACAAGAAUGAAUGUCGAGCAGACGACGACUGCCCCUGUGGCCUUAUUUGCUGUAGCACCGGAUGCGGAAAUAAAUGUCAGCGAGGGGUAUGAACAGUGUUUAAUUAUAGGAGUAAAGGAAUAAAAAGAGGAAAGAGUGACUGCCAUAAAUUUGAUGGGAAAAGCACUUGAAUGCUUAAGAUGUGAGACUAGGCCUACAAUAGGGAAAUAACAUAGCUUUGCCACUUGCAAUAAUGAGGAAUGGAAUAGAUCUGCAAGAUCUCCAAUUUCUUGUCAAAGGUACAUGUUUGAUGUACUUUAUUUUCAUGAUUAUUCGGUCAAACGCUAUUCUUUGUUUAUUGUUCCACGGUAUCAAGACCAUAGGACUAUGGAUUGGAUUGUAGCUUUACUUAUAAAACUGGAAAGAAAUAUAUAUAUAUAUAUAUAUAUAUAUAUAUAUAUAUAUAUAUAUAUAUAUAUAUAUAUAUAUACUGCAAGAUUCUCUUAAAAACGCCACUAGGCCUAAGUCAGAUACGAUCAGUUGUAGGCCUAAUCUUAGCUAAAACCGAAGUUUGACUAUUUGAAACGGGGCCAAAUUUAUCC